ACGACCACGCUACCAAGGUGAAAUAAGUAGGAAGAUACCAAGAACCACAGUCCGGACUCCAGAUAAACAGUUGCAGGGGAGAGAAAAAUACAAGCCAAAGAAAGGGUCAUGGCAGAGACAGCCUGUAGCUCCAAAAUCAAAACAUCAAGGUGGUCUCUCAAUGGAAUGACUGCCCUGGUCACUGGUGGCACUCGAGGAAUUGGGCAUGCAAUAGUGGAGGAACUGGCAGGGCUUGGGGCUGCUGUUUACACAUGUUCAAGAAAUGAAGCUGAACUGAAUAAGUGUUUGAAGGAAUGGGAAGGUAAAGGAUUUCUGGUUAGUGGGUCAGUUUGUGAUGCUUCCAGCAAAGACCAGAGACAGAAGCUGGUGGAGAAUGUUGCUUCUCUUUUCAAUGGAAGGCUUAACAUUCUUGUCAACAAUGUGGGGACAAAUAUCAGGAAGCCAACAAUUGAGUACUCUGCUGAAGAAUAUUCAAAGCUCAUUACAACUAACUUUGAAUCUUCGUACCAUCUGUGCCAACUUGCCCAUCCUCUUCUAAAGGCAUCUCAGGUAGGAAGCAUUGUGUUCAUUUCCUCUGUUGCAGGUGUAAUGCAUAUAGGUAGUGGAUCCAUUUAUGGACCAACCAAAGCUGCUAUUAAUCAACUCACCAAAAAUCUGGCUUGUGAGUGGGCGAAGGAUAAUAUUCGGACCAACUGUGUUGCACCAUGGUAUAUCAGAACCUCACUUGUAGAACAUUUGCUUGAAAAAAAAGAAUUAUUGGAAAAAAUCAUCACUCGAACCCCUCUUCAACGUGUUGGAGAACCAGAAGAAGUCUCAUCCAUAGUAGCAUUCCUUUGCCUUCCUGCUUCUUCUUACAUCACUGGACAGGUUAUUUCUGUCGAUGGAGGAUUAACAGUCAACGCUCUUAAUCCCGGCAUGAGACUAGAUUGAAACAAAAACACUCCACCUUUCUCAUCCUGAUCUUCAGCAAUAACACAUGAUCAGUCUCUUUGCUCUUAUAAGCUCCUAUGAUCUUGUUGCAUAGGUGACUAUCACCUUCUCAUUGUUCAUUUCAAUGGUGUGUUAACAAUUUGUCAUUGAUAACUUUUAUUUACUUCCAGCUUUUACUGCAACAAAAAUGGCAAAUUUCCUACUUCAAAGUUUUCAA